AGAGACUCCCAUCUAGUCCUGCUGGCGUUUGAACGUACAGAAAUGGACGAGCAAAGAAUGGAGCUAAACGUAUUAGAGAAGAUGAGUCCAAAGAGAGGGGAAGAGAACGAGGCCUUCGAGCCAGAGGAGCGGGGUAUGACACACAUUCAAACAGAUGAUACUUCAGAAUGUACAGAUGGCAACAGAAAGACAAACCACCGCAAGAAAAGCCUGCUGGAACAGAAAAUGGAGACAUUCCAGGACUGUUUGGCAGAGCACAGAGACCAGAUUAACCUGGUCAAACACCUUGUCCUAGCAGCAGGCUUUGUUGCCAUAGUGAUAGCAGCGUGUGUGCUGAACUUCCGCCGGGCUGUCGUGCUGCUGGUCAUCUCCGUGGCAACCGUGUUUUUCCUGGCCUGGGAUUGGACGAUGGAACGCUAUGGCGACAGGGCCUGGGAGGAGCUUCGUCCCGUCAGAGAGCUGUUCAGCAGAAACUGGUUAUGGAUCAAAUGGGUAAUGUGUGUGUCGCUGCUUGUGGCCGUGGUGUUCUGGUUAGCACUGGACACAGCGCAGCAGGGGAACAGACAGAUUGUGUCUUUCUUUGGUUUGCUGCUCUUAAUCUUCCUAAUGCUGCUGUUUUCCAAACACCCAUUUCGGUGGUCUUGGCAGACUCUUCUUUGUGGUGUCGGGCUGCAGUUUGUGUUUGGUCUGCUCAUCCUCAGGACCACGUCUGGUUUAGAGACACUGCAGUGGCUCGGAAAUCUAGUAGAGGGUUUUAUGUCAUUCACUGAUGUUGGGUCUAAGUUUGUGUUUGGUGCCAGUUACAUGGACCAUUCCUUCGUCUUUAAGGUGAUGCCAAUAUUGGUAUUUAUGAGCUCGGUCAUCUCCAUCCUCUACCACAUCGGCUUCAUGCCCUGGCUGGUUCGAAAGAUUGGAUUCAUAAUGCAGGUUACCAUGGGAACAUCUCCAGCAGAGUCAAUGGCUGCAGCCGGAAAUAUUUUCUUGGGACAGACAGAGUCACCUCUCUUGAUCCGUCCCUACAUCAGUGGGUUAACUCUCUCCGAGAUCCAUGCUGUGAUGACAGGAGGCUUUGCCAGCAUCUCGGGUACCAUCUUAGGAGCCUUCAUCUCUUUCGGGGUUGAGGCAACUCACUUGUUGACGGCGUCAGUGAUGUCUGCGCCGGCCUCCCUCGCCAUUGCAAAGACCUUCUGGCCUGAAACAGAGCCACCCCGUGUAACGACGAGUCAUGACUUAAAAAUGGAACAAGGAGAGAGUACAAACCUGUUGGAAGCGGCAUCCCAGGGUGCAACUUGUGCUGUGGGUUUAGUGGCCAACAUUGUCGUCAACAUCAUUGCCUUCAUGGCACUGUUGGCUUUUUUAGACUCCUCCCUCUCCUGGCUGGGUGGGAUGUUGGACUACCCACAACUCAGCUUCUCGCUCAUCUGUUCCUACAUGUUCAUGCCUCUGUCCUUCAUGAUGGGUGUUUCCUGGGAGGACAGUUUUAUCGUUGCUGAGCUGAUUGGUCUAAAGACGUUCAUCAAUGAGUUUGUGGCCUAUCAGAAGCUGUCCGAGUUUAUUCAGAGGCGGAAAGCAGGAGGGCCGGAAUACGUGAACAACGUAAAGCAGUAUAUUUCUGUCCACUCUGAAACCAUUGCUACCUAUGCUCUGUGUGGAUUUUCCAACUUUGCCUCCCUGGGGAUGACCGUUGGAGCGAUGUCGUCACUGGCUCCAGAGAGACGUGCCGACAUCUCCAGUUGUGGUUUCAGAGCUCUGAUCGCAGGAAGUGUUUCCUGUUUCAUGACAGCUUGUAUUGCAGGUGUGCUGUACAUUCCUGAUCUUCAGUGCCCACAUUUCCUGAGCACAGAGUUCAACGAGACCAAUGUGACCCUGAGCUCACAACUUGUCACCUGCUGCAAACAGCUAUAUAACAGUGUGACGGUGUAUGAGCCGCUGAACGUGACGAUUGGAGGAGGAUUCCGUGACAGCAGUCUGCAGGGCUGCUGCACACUUUCACCCCAGACACACUUCUUUAACUGCAGCCUGGUGCUGUGAGUCACUGUGAACAAAACAACACACACACCUCAAUGGAGCCACUGUGAUUUGUUUAAACUAUUCUCUUAUGUUCUGUAUGGUGUUUUAAUGCCUUUUAAGUUUUGAUUUGUUUUAUGUAUAUAUAUAUAUAUAUCUUAUAGAGAUAACAGCUCAAAAAUUUCCAACAGUUAUUAUUCCAGAGAAAUCUGUAAUUUUAAAGUGGUAAUGGGACGUGUCUCUAGAGCCUCCAUGACAGACACAACAUGUGUAUCGUUGCUGUGGAAACACAGGAUGUUAUGACAAACAUCGCCACAUAAGGAAGAGGGAAUUGCUAAUGAAAGCUGCAGUCUGUGUUAAAAUCGUCAUUACAAAGGUCGGUUUAGCCGGUUCAUCUUUACUACGGUCAACGUGGAUUUUGUUUUUGGCAGAGGGUAGCAGAGAGAACUCCCGUGAUUCCCCGCUAGCAUCAAUGCCAUCUUUUGUUAUUGUAUUGAUUGAGAGCCCCCUGGUGGUGGAAUCUGCAUACUGAGUAUUUGUAGCUUUAACAUUGAUUUUUGGCGCCCUCUGUGGACAAAGCAGGACCUCUAAUCUCUUUGGAGAUUCUGUCCUGUACAUGUACAAGUAGUGUUUGUCUGUUCUUUACAAAGAAAUGGAGAAGAAAGCAGUGUUUUUUUCAUACAAGGAAAGAGAGGGUUAACUAUGACUCCACAUACGGCCUGAUUUUAUCUCAUGAAUGAAUGUCUGUGUCUUAAACAAAUCUCUCCCUACCUGUAUCGUUGCUUUUACUUAUUUUCCUGUUCUGUAUGAGAAUAACUCUGGCAGUGAGUGACUUAUUUGAAGUCACUAAGAAACAAUGAGAUGUUUGCUAAAUGUUAUAAACAAUGUAUUUUAUAAAAAAAAAGAGAAGAAAACGGGUGAAAUAUCUGUGGCUACAUAUUUGAUAGAAACAAAAGCUACACUGACUGUCCUCUCUGACUGGACUGAUUAUAACAGUAUUAAGUGAAAGCAGUUUAUUAGUCAGCCAUCGGAUGUCACUGUUGUCUUCUUUUUCUAAUCUGCAGCACAAAUCAAAGCGCACGCUGGAUUCAUUAUGCCACCAGUCAGUCAAACUGGCCUGGUUGGCAGACCAAUUGUCCGCAUGUCUGGCUCAUUAAUAAGGACAAAAAAGUGAUCCAACCAGACUGCGCGGUGGAUAAAGAGGAGGGUAUCGAGGGUGGGGGGCAAAUGACAGUCUUUUCAUUAAAUCGAGCACAAGCUAAAGGUCAGAUGGCUCCCUUCUGGGCGGGCGGGAGGUGUGUUCACAUGUGUGAAUUUCACACACCCACAGAGAGGGAACAUUAGACUCAGCCAUCAGACGCUGUCACAUAUUUUAAGGGUCUGUGUCACCAUGUGUGCCCCAUCAAAAAAUAAGAAAAAUCACAGUGAGCUCAUUUUCAUGUUAGGCAGAUUGUCCGGGGAGGAAAUAGCAUGGAGCAAGAAGCAUGUCUUUGGGAAUUUGUAGCAUGAUUUUGAUUGUUUCUCUGUGUCAAGACCAAAUCUAAAACUAGAGUAGGGCUGGGAAGCAUAUCAAGUUUUUAAGAAAUAUCAAUAUAUAUUUUUAAACGAGAUAUAAGGUGAAACAAUAUUGUAUAAAUCAAUAUAGUUCA